CCAUGACAUCCAGCAGAAGGAGGAGUGGAGAGCAACCGAUAGUGUCGCCACCACAUCGAAUCUCCAUAGGUCGUGGAGGUGCAGGAAACAUGAAAGAAAUCAAAGAAGAGUUAAAGAAAGCUUCAAGCAAUGAAGAACACGAUGCUCUGGCGGAACACAACCGCCGCAGAUCAAGUAGUAGUUGGUCCUUACAUUCUAGCAACAAUGGCGACACGUCGAAAACAGAUGCCAUCAAGGACUUCUUUAGGAGAGGCAGUCGGAGCAAGCGGAAGAGUGUAUGUCAAGAAGAUGACAUUGCGGAAAGAGAAGAAGGAGAGGACAAGGAUUUGGUUGAAGGA